AUGGAAAAGGCUACGCGCCUCUUGAUACAAAGGUUUGGAAAAUGGUCCCCAGGUCCCUUUGUGAUCAAAACUGUGCUACCCAACGGAGCCCAUCAUUUGAUGGAUAUAGGCGGAAGCGAAGAGAAAGCUCUCCAAAAAGGUGCCCAAAAAGCCUUGUCCACUCUGAGUGCUUGGAUGUUCUACAAGGCCAAUGCCAGUAAACCCUCAGAUCCAUCUGCCACAAGGCUCUCAUGCCUUCUCGCGCAUUUAUUUAUCAGCCCCGCUUGCGGAAGUCCUGGUUGCUUUCAAAAGAUGGAUUUCCUCCCUCAGUAG